UGCAAGAAAUUGCAAAAACUGAUUUAAAGGGUGGAGAAAAUAAAGUGAUAAACAGUCAUUUCAGCUACAUAAUAGUUGGAGCGGGAACUGCAGGUUGCGUUCUUGCUAACAGACUUUCGGAAGAUUUAGGAUCCUCGAUACUAAUUGUGGAGGCGGGGGGAUCAGAGGAUGAACAUGAAAUGAUGCACGUCCCAUUUAUGUCAAGUGUCUUGCAAGCGACAAAACAUGACUGGGAUUUCAAGACAGUUCCUCAAAAGUUUACAUGCCAUAAUACGAAAGACAAGAAAUGCACAUGGCCAAGAGGGCGUGUUCUCGGUGGCUCAAGUUCUAUAAACAAUAUGCAAUAUAUAAGAGGUAGUCGACAUGACUUCGAUAAAUGGGCCAGAGAGGGUGCAGAUGGAUGGAGUUACAAGGAUGUUCUUCCGUAUUUUAUCAAGUCUGAAGACAUGCAGAUACCAAGCUUGAGAUAUUCAUCGUAUCAUGGAAUGGGUGGCCCGUUGACUGUCAGUGAAGGAACAGCCACGAAUCUCAGCGACAAGGUAUAUAGGAGGGCUAUGGAAGAAAUGGGAUACCAGGUUGUGGACUGUAAUGGAAAGACACAAAUAGGCUAUUGCAUUGGGCAAGAGACUGUGAGAAACGGAGAAAGGUGGAGCACCGCCAAAGCUUUCCUUAGGCCUGCCAUGAACCGUCCAAAUCUUCACGUGGUAACAAACUCGUAUGUUACAAAGAUAUUAAUAGAAAAUAGGAAGGCAGUGGGAAUAUCGAUGGUGAAAAAUUAUGAAAAAUACGAGAUAAAAGCAGAAAAAGAAGUCAUCAUUUCUGCUGGAACCAUAAACUCGCCGAAAAUUCUGAUGUUGUCUGGUAUCGGACCUAUGGAGAAUCUAAAAUCAGUUGGGGUCCCACUGGUUGCAGAUCUGCCUGUUGGGGAAAACUUAGAGGAUCACAUUAACGUACAUAUGUCAUUCAGAGAUAAUACAAGUUCAGCAUAUAGCCAUUCAGCCAUAUCUUUCUUGGAUUACGGUUUCUCAAAGUCGGGUCCUUUAAGCAAAACACACAUUGAAGCGAAUGCAUUUCUCAAUGAUGAUGACAACUUGGUUCCAUAUUUACAACUGUCUUUUUACAGUGUUUCAGGAAUUUCUCCUCUGGACGAUCGGUUAAUUAAAACAAUAGAGGGUCACAACAACAAACCACAUAGCUCAUUUCUGGUACAGUGUAUACUCCUUCAUCCUAAAAGUAGAGGGAAGAUUCAACUUCAAAGUAGUGAUCCGUUUGAUUCGCCCCGUAUAGACCCCAAUUAUUUAGAUCAUCCUUCUGAUAUGAAAAUGCUGAUAAAAGGAAUAAAACAACUAUUAAAAUUAGCAAAUACAACAGCAUUUAGAUCCGUUGGCGCAUCACCAUUGGAUCCUUAUGAUGAAAAUUAUUUCCUUUACUGUAAAUAUUUUCCAUACGAAUCAGAUGAUUACUGGAGAUGUAGAUUGGCGCUCAACUUUUUACCUACGUAUCACGCUACCUCCACGUGUAGAAUGGGAGCAGCUUACGAUAAAACAGCUGUUGUUGAUCCACAACUAAGAGUAAGGGGUGUGAACAAUCUGAGGAUAGUCGACGCUUCCGUCAUGCGCCAUGUUAUUUCAGGAAAUACAAAUGCUCCAACGAUCAUGAUUGCAGAAAAAGCCGCAGACAUGAUUCGAGGAAUUGACAGUGUGCAACAAAUUCGGGAAAGACUGCAGAAUUAUAGAAAAUUAUUGAGAGAGAUGAAAAAAGAAUGAGUCUUCUAAAAAUCAAGGCUCUAGUUGUUAUUGGAGUUAUCGAUAUAUCAAUGAAGAGCAAUUGCUUUUGUAAAUGACGAUAUCUCCGUUCGGGAUAUAUCUUGACUUUUUAGUCUCGGGAAUGAAAAACACAAGUAGACAACGAUCCGUAAGAUAACACUGAUGUGCACAUAAUUUGAUAAAGAGUCUAUAUUACAAAUAAACAGUUUCACCCUAAAUAACAAUUGAAACGAUUUUAUGAUAAAUAACA